UGUCAAGUACUGUAGUAAGUAGGUGGAUCCAAACUGGAUAAACAAAAAUAAAAUAAAUGGAAAUUAGUUAUUUUUUAUAAAAAAAAAUAUUUUAUAUUUUUCAAGCCGUGGAUUAGUUGUAUACUUUUUUAUAUUUUCGGGACAAUAUCUCGUUUAACUUAAAACCCUGUCAUCACAGGAGUGAUAUAAUUUGUAAUAGAUCCAGAAACAUGAUUGCUAUUGAAAAGAAAUUCGAAAUAGAGAUGAAAUUAAAAAAGGAGAUGAGUAAUAUCCAGGAGCUAAAAGCAGCUGCCAGCCGUAGUUCGUCACUGGCAAAUGAUGUGUGUAACGUGUUGGGUGCCUGCGAGCAAAGGCUGCAACAGCUGGAGACCGCUGUGCUACCUCUGUACGGGGAUACAGCAAGGUUGCAGCAUAUACAUCAAAAUAUGGAACGAACAGCAAAGGCCUUGGACCAUGUAAUCAGCUACUAUAUGGUGUCAAGGGAGUUAGCUGACCUCAUACAAGGUGGACCCCACACAACUAGUAUUGAAGCAUUGAACAUUUAUUUGGAAGCUUUGGAUAAAUUGGCAGAGGCACAAAAUUACUUCAACAAAAACAAUCCUCAGAGUGUGGAGCUUGAAAAUAUUAAUCAAUUAUAUAACAUUGGAGUUACCAAGUUAGAGAAUGCUUUCGAGGAGCUCCUCAGUCGUCACACGAGACCUCUGGCGCCGACAACGCUGAUGGACAUGAUAGCUCUGGAGGAAGACUCGAGCGCGGACAGCGUGAGCGUGGGCGCGAGCGGCAGCGGCGUGGGCGCGGAGGCGGCGCGCGAGUGGCUGGCGGCGGCCGCGAGCUGGCUCGGCGCCGCCGGCCGGCCGCCCGCCGCCGCGCUGCUGCGCCUGCGCGCGCCCGCCGCCCGCGCCUCGCUGCAGGCCUUCAAGGACUACCUGCGCUCGCGCUCCAUGGCCGCCUCGCCGCUCAUGAGAGCUAAGAACAUGCUUCAUCGCUCAGACAGCGCCACAAAGAAAACGAGCAAAAUUCAGAAAGUUCUGGAGAAGCGCGCCAACAAGAUAAUGAUGAAGGCAUCCCAGACGCUGGAGCAGUCCACUGGACUGGCGAUUGGCUCGAGGCGCUCUAUGAACGAUUCUUACACGGAGGAGAGUAACGAGACGCUGGACGAGUACGAGGCGGAGGUGGCGGGCACGGUGGCGGCGGCGCUGGUGCGGCUGGCUCGCCACGAACAGCGCCAGCUGCUGGGGCUCGUGCCGCUGCAGCGCCUGCCCGCGCUGCUCUCGCAGGUCCUCAAGGACUGCUUCCAGAUUCUCGCCAACGAUGUCGACCGUGCGCUGGGCCGCGUGCGGCGCGGCGCGGCUCGCGGCGGCGGCGGCGGCGGCGGCGGCGCGGGCUGGGCGCUGCUGGCGCGGCUGCGGCGCCUGCAGCCCGACCUCGAGCGCGCGCUCGCGCCCGCCUCGCCCGCGCCCUACGCCGCGCUGCUCGCCUCCUGCCAGGCGCAGUGCCUGCGGUCGCUGGAGGAGUGGGUGGAGGGCGUGCGGGCGUGCGGCGCGGCGGGCGCGGUGGACGGCACCGUGCACCAGCUCGCCGCCGCCGCGCUCGCGCACCUGCACGCGCUCGCGGCGCACAAGCACACCAUAGGCCCGGCGCUGGCGACGGACCCGGCAUACAACCGCGGGGGGGCGCUGCAGGCGCGGGAUCCACACGCCGCAAUGCUCGCGCUCUACAUGCGUAAAGUCCUGGCUCAGCUAAAUCUAGCGCUGCGCAACAAGAGCGAGCAGUAUCCAGAUGCUUUGAAAGCCAUAUUCCUGUUGAACAACACACUGUAUUUAUUGCAGGGUCUCCAACGUGACGGCCUGUUGGACGUGCUCAUGCUGGCGGAGCCCGAGUGCGAGGCCAACUACCGCGACAUGAUACAGGAGUACAAGAACGCUUACUUGCAGAGUUGGAAUAAACUGCUUCAGCACACAGUAUUGGACGAGCCGCUGCCGGCGAAACUGAGGGACAAGGAUCGUCAGAUGCUGAAGGACAAGUUCGCGGCAUUCAACCGCGAGUGGGAGGAGGCGUGCCGCUCGCAGCGCGGCUACAGCGUGCCGGACGCGGAACUACGCGAGGCGUUGAAGCGCGACAACAAGCAGGCGCUGCUGCCGCCCUACACCGCCUUCUGGGACGCCUGCGCACCGCUGCCCUUCUCCAAGAACCCCGACAAGUACCUCAAGUACAGCCCCGUGCAGAUCGCCACGCAGCUGGACGGGUACUUCGACGAAGCUGCCUAGUAGUUGAUAUAUUAUUAUACAUCAUUAUAGAUCAGCAGUCGUCAUCGUCAAGUCAUUUAUCAACUGGUCAAUACACGAUAAAUGGAAUCCCAAAUCCUAUUUUGCAACUCUAAAGAUCAGUUGAGUUCGCCAAUGGACAAGUUGGGUUGGUAGUUGAUGGGCAAAUAAAGUGCAGACUCUGUUUUAUUAAAAAGUGCAGAAUAACUCUUGUAAAAAUAUUUAAAAUUACUUAUAAUAAUUGUUUAUUGUAAUUUUUUUAUUGUACAUACUUUACAUUGGACAUUUAGAAGAUUUAACAGACAGUGGCGCACUUAUCCCAUAGAGGGGAUCUCUUAGAGUCAAACUUCAACAAGCUGAAAGAAAACUAUAGAAUGUUUGAGUGAUUGCUAUGGGAAGUGGAAACGAGUUGAAACUGCAUCUUGUACUCUUUGGAGCCACUGGUUUUUUUUUAAUGAUAGUGGAAUGGUAAUCCCGCCUGCGCUUACGCAAAAGGCAAGUCAGUUAGCCCAUCGUGAUGAGUACACUUGGAAUUUAGCACGAUGGUUUCCAGUGGGGACCACGGGGAGGUCGACCUGUUAUGGUAUAUUUUUAGCAAUGCGACUGAUAAUUCGCAUUACUACCAAUCCCUUCCCCCCUUGGAGCCAGUGGUCUUACCAGUUUUAUUUGGUAGGUAGUUACUGAAAAAACUAGUUUUUACGCGCGACUUUGUUCGUGUAACCGGUACAGAAAAAAAAUCAUAUCCCUCUUGUUUAUAAGUGGUUUAUCGCGCGGUUUCACAUUGUUACACUUUUCCAUUACAUCUUAUAUCGGUAAUUUAUAUAUAUUAGCAUAUAGGGGAUAUUAUGGGCGAAACAGUAUACUCUGGUACAUAGUACUGUUCAUGUCUAUAAGCGAAGGUUACCACUUUCCAUCAGGUGGGUCGUCAGCUUAUUUGCCAUUUUAAGUUGCAUAAAAAUAAUCUCCUAUCCUACCCCCAACGAUGAACUAAUCCACCAUUUGUUCCCCAACCUAUACAUCCUACUCAUAUCCUAUGUAACUCGAUAACUGCGAGCAUAUCUCAUUAGAGCAUCCAUUUUCGUCAUCGGGAAACUCCAAUAAUUAAAAAAAAAAGCCUGCAUAUAACUAUUACUAAAAUAUUAUAAAAGCAUGAGGGGUACCAUGGGCGUUCUCUGUUAUGUCUAUGGUACUGCUCAUGUCUAUAGGCGACGGUUACCACUUUCCAUCAGGUGGGCCGUCAGCUUGUUUGACAUUCCAAAUUGCAUAUA